AUCAGCAUCUCAUCCCAACCCUCUGAGAUAUGUUUACAAAACAAGACGUUUUUCGAUAUUAGAACUUUCUCUUGAAAACACAUUCGUUGAUCCAAUGUUGCUGUUAUUCUUCAAAGUUUUCUAAUGUACAAAAGUUUAAUAGUGUUUGGUCUCCUAUGUGAACUCAUUUCAGGUCAAAUUCAAUCAAGUCACGAUGAAACUGUCAAAGAUACGCCCUCUAAGAGACAAGCUCCAAUCAAUGACAUAAUAAGUCUGGAUCUUGAUUCACCCAGUGAUAUACAUAUAAAAAUCAUCAAGGAAAACAAUAAUCAGAAGUUUUCUGAAGUCGAUGAUGGGUUACUCAUGUAUAAUGGAGCAAGGAAACAUGAGAAACUUGGUGGUUUGAAACCAUUGGAAAGUGAAGUUUAUUACAAAGAUUUUGAUUUUGAUGAUCAUGGAGAAGAAAGUGUCGAUUCAAAUCAACAAAUAGGAAGAUUCCAUUCUAAAAAUGAUAGAAACAGUCAUUCAAAAUUUAGAGGUGGAUCUUCAAGUCAUGUAACUCAGAUUAAUAAACUAUCAGAUGGUCGAGAAUUUAAACUAAUGAGAAACAAUCAUGGAGCAUCAUACCAUCAUGACAAUAGUUUCAUUGAACAAGUAAAACACGAUUCUCCAAGAAAAGAUGAAAAUCAAAAUCCGGAGAAUGAAGGUAUUAUGAUUGUUAAUCUAGAUAAUGAGUCUCCAGUCAAUGUAUUACAAAAUUAUAGAGCACUUUCUGAUAAAGGAUUGAAGCCUGUGAGUAUUAACAAUGAUAAUCAUGGGAAAAUUUCAGAAUUUACAGGUCGAGGAGUUGGUAAUGUGAAAAUGACUGUGAGCAUCGUGAAAAUUAUCUUAAAAUUAUACACGAGGGGAAAAAGCAACAAUUUCAUGAAAUCGAUAAUAACCUAUUUCCAAAAACCAAAAAGCAGCCUCUACAAAAACCAAACUGUGGAGGAUUUGAAAGGGAAUCAUUGGAAGGUGAUGGUCCUAGCAUAAGUUAUAAUGAGAGAGAAGGAGGAGAAAUGAUUGAAGAAAGUAACAGCAGUAACGGAUAUGAGGAUGAUUCGAUAAAUACUGAAAAAUCUAGGUUUGACGAUUCAAAAUUUGGAAAUGUCAGGGAAGAGAAUCAUGCCAUGAGUAGUGAUAAUAGUAACAAACUUGAUGGAAAAAUAGAGAUGAAUCAAGUUUGAUUAGUAGUCAUGAAAUUGGUUUAAAAUUGGAAGAUGAAAAUUUGAAGGGACACACAAAUUUUGGGAAUCAAAAAACUGAUGCAAUGAUUAACAGAGAUUAUUCUGGAGAUCGCUCAAACUGUGAAACCGUUGAUGAAAGUCCAAUUAUUGAAAAAGUUAUUUUAAACGAUGUUUACGAUCAUGAUACUCUCACAAGUUUUGAUGAACUGGAUACUGAUAAUCGUACAAAUAAUCUAGUUGCUAAUUCGGAUCAAAGUGGUGUCAGCUAUGAAUUGAACAAUGAAAAUAUGGAAUAUAAAAAUUAUAACGAUGAUCAAAGCUCUCGCAAAGAUUUGACCGAUUAUGGAAAAAAUCAUAGGAGUUAUAUCGAUAAUCAAAAUAUGCAGAGAAGUCAAAGCUCCAAAGAUAUCCCUUCAAAUGGCCGAGAAUUUGAGGAUAUUGCUAACCACAUGCUGAAUAAAUUAAAUGUUAAAUAUCUUGAAAGCGGUAAAAAUCAUUCGAAUGUAAGAAAAAACCAUAAAUUUUCCAUUAAUAAAGAUUCAUCCAUGAAUCAUAGAUACUUUAAACAUGAUUUCAACGAUCAGGAGAAUGAAUCAGUAAACAAGAAUGAUGGAAACUCUGAGAAUGGUCUCUCCCAAGAAGAAGAGAGAUACAAAGAUAAAAGUGAUGAGAACUACGGAAAUGACCUGGAUUCACAAGGGGGUAAAUUUCAUAAGAAAAACCAUGGAAAUUUUGAGAAUGAUAUCACGCAUCAAGUGAAUGGACUUGAUUCUAAUAGCAAUAGGAUAUUUGAAAAUAAUUUCAACCCCAAAGGUAGUGAGUACGAUGAGAAAUUUAACGUGAAGUUUGGCAAUAAACAAAAAAAUGAAUAUAAAAGUAAUGUACAAAUUGAAAAUUAUCUGAAACAACAGAAAAGUGUAUCUGAUAGAAGAAAUCAUUAUCAGGAACAUGAGAAUGACUCCGCAGAUCAAGAGGAGAAUGUUGAUACUAAAAACCAUGAUAAUUUUGGGAAUAUUAUCAAUCAACAAGGUAAUGGUAAUGGUUAUGAUAAUCAGGAGGAUGGUAUAACUAAAGAUGAUCGUAGAGUCAAAAAUGAUGAUGCUGAAAGGAAUUCGAAGUUCUAUAGUUACUUGAAAAAUCGUGGUGGAUCUGAUCCACAUGAUGAAAAACAGGAACUGAAUUCUAAAAAUGGUGACAAAAAUCAUAUUGGGAGUGAAAGGAGUAAUGAAAAACAUGAUUCCAGUUCUGGAAAUGAUGACAAGUAUAAUUUUGGAACUGUUAUGGAUGAUGAAGAAGAUGCUUCCAAUUCUAAAAAUGGCGUGGGAAGUUUUGACAGGCAUAAGAUUCUAAUGGAUGCAAUCAGAAAUAGGUUCCGGGGGACAACAGGUAGUUAUUUUCCGGAGAAAACCGAGAAAACUCCGUCUGGAAGUGAGGAAGACGUUGAAUUUUCACCGAGAAAAUCUUCGAGACCGAUUUGUCAUGACGUCACGCCCGAAGCACACUGCAUCAAAGAGGAGGACAAAUAUUUUUGUAAAAUUGGCAAAUCAAGUUACACCAUUUACACAGGUCCGAAUCCAAGUGUAUCCUCAAAGGUUAUUGAGGACUAUGUCCGUUCCAUGUUCCAGAAAUAUGGUGAGGGUGAUCGGUGCUUGGAUAUGUCUUUUGGAGCGGGGAAGCAUGGACCCUGUUUGAAGAAUAAGAUGCCGGUUGAUAAUCAGAUGUCGCUUUCUAGUCAUAAAACGGCAAUUUCGUCAAAAUUGUAUCCGGGUAGGAAGAGGGGGACACUGAAUAUUAUUUGUACCCCUCUAGCACCCCCUCCAAAGGGUGUUGAUUGUAGAGAUACCGAUGGAACCAGUCGUGAGAUGUAUUAUGAGUGUCGCUGGAGAACGCCCAAUAAAAUUGUUGAGUGUUGAA